AUGGGAGCUGCUCCUCCCGGAGGGGUGAAAUGGGGCACUUGCCGCGUCCGCGAGCUCCACUUAGGCCCAGCGAUCCGCCGCCGCGGGUCCGUUCAUCAUACCGAUGACGGAGCGAUGAUGCUGCGAUCGCGGCCACGAAUCGUGAGCCUCGGAGCGGUGCUCGCUGCACUUGCUGCAUUGGCUGUAGUCGCGGCAGACGUCGAGCAGCUCCUCCGUCCCACGUGCGGCGACCUCCUAGCUCAUCUAGAUAAGGCGCUGCUGCCGCCGACCACCAAAGUCUUCCCAGGGCCCGUGCUGGGCUACGUGACGCCGUGGAAUGCCAAGGGGUACGUGAUGGCGGAAAAGUACCGCGCGAAACUGACGCACAUCUCGCCCGUGUGGUACCAGCUCCGCACGCGCGAGGGGGCCCGCGCGGGAGCGCAGGACCCGUACGCAGUGACGGGGGGGCACGACGCCGACCUGGACUGGGUGUCGCGGCUCCGUAGCCAACCCUCUGGAGUCGAUACCUGGACGCCGCCGCUGAUCGUGCCGCGCGUGAUACUGGAGCUCGACCAGGCGGGGUGGCAGGCGUUCUUCGCCCCGGGCGACGUGGGCGCUGCGUCGCGUGCGGCCGCGGUGCGGGCGAUCGCCGGCGAGGUCGCGGAGCGCGGGUACGACGGCGUCGUCCUCGAGGGCUGGUCGGCUCUGCAGGGCGCUGGCGUGUUCCGAAACACUGAACUGCGAUCUGCUUUCCUCUCCUUUGUCAAGGGCCUGUCAAACGAGCUGCGCGGGGGGCGCGAGGGGGCCGCGGCGGGCGAGCGGCGCCACGGCGUGCUCGUCCUCGCAGUUCCGCCGGCGGCCCCGUCCGCGAAGGGCGCCCCGAAGUUCACCAGGUUCGACUGGCGGGAUGUUUCCGCCUACGUCGACUUGCUGUCUGUCAUGACGUACGACCAUGGGCCGGGCGGACCGAACGCGCCCAUCGACUGGGUGAUCAAGAAUAUCGCACGGCUGGUGCCUAGGGGCAAGGGGUCGGAGCGCGCAGCGCUGGCCGCGCUGGAGACGCCGCGCGUUGCGGCAGACCAGUACCCGCCGACGCUGGCGUCCGGUGGCCAAACGCGAUCGUGCGCGGCCGACACCGCGCCCGGGGAGUGCCAGGAGCGGCCGGGUGCGGGGCUCGCGGCGCACCUGCUCGUCGGGCUGAACUUCUACGGGGCGGAGUACGACGCAGCGGGGAGAGGCGGGCCGAUCCUGGGCAACGACUUCCUGGAGCGGGUGCGCGAAGCGUGCGAGGGCGAGGAGGCCGAGUCGCCGCUGUCGUGGAGCGACGAGUUCAUGGAGCACACAGUGGAGUCGGAACGCGGCGCGGGGCGAAGCGGGGGCGGGCGCCGCGCGUGGUUCCCCACGCGGGCGUCGCUGCGGGCCCGCCUCGCCGCGGCGACCCGGGUGGGUGCGGGCGUUGCUGUCUGGGAGCUCGGGCAGGGUCUCGAGUCGUUUUUCGACGACCUGUGA